AUGUUUCUCUCAACAGAAGAACAGGUAUUGCCCUGGGAAAUACGGAUUAAGAUAGCUAUUGGAAUAGCCCAAGGUCUUGCAUUUAUCCACUCCAUCAAGAACAGCUCGCUAUUUCAAGAACUCAGAAUGCAUAACAUUAUGCUUGACGAGCAAUACAAUGCAAAACUGUUAUACCUUGAAUCACACAUACAAUAUAUGGAAGCGGAAACUCGGUGGAUGGGAGAUAUUAUAUACACACCUCCUGAACCUGAAGGUUGCGAGGAAAUAAAGUCCGAUGUUUACACAUUUGGUGUGAUCUUGCUUGAGCUUUUAACUGGUUCGAAAGAUACAAUUAGAAAUGCGAAAAGAUCAACAAGCUCACAUGAUUGGAUAUCUCCUUUAUUGUCCGAUGCUCAUAAGAUUGGAGAAAUAGUCGAUCCACGACUUGGGAACAAUUAUCCUGUGAAUGCAGUGACACAGAUGGGCACACUCAUCAGAAGAUGCACCAAGUGGGACAUGAAGAAACGACCAUUGAUGCAACAAGUCUUGGAUACUUUGAAUUAUAUUGCAGAGAUCAUGGAUUAA